UCUAGAUAUUAUUUUCAGAUCUUUUAUCUCUUAUAUCUAUCAAACCAAUAUCACACACUUAAAAAUUCUGAAAUUUGCACGAGACAGAAACAUCAAAGAACGUAAACAUUUUCAAGACUGAAUCACAAAUUGGACUCAAUUUUACACGCAUCAUGUAAGUCCUGGUUGGUUGCGUUAGAUGUCAACAAAUCCACUUCACCAGAAACGUAGAAUCAGUAUCACAUUCAUCUACCACCUUCUAACUCGGUGGAAUAGCCGAGGGGUAAGAGAUGUGGCUCACAAUCAGCAGAUCCUAAGUUCGAAUCCAGGUGCCUCAAUAUUUUGUUUUUAUAUGUUUUAUCCAUCAGAUCGGUUUUAGCGAUUGCUAGACGCUAAGAAAAUAUAAGUCCUGUAAGGCGUAAAUUUACAUGCUUUGACCUCUAAAUUUGUGUCUUUGAAGACGCUCGUAUAUGUCAGGUUCAGGACACCUAAAAUUACAUGAUUUUUUCUACUGCCGUAAUUCUGCAAAAUGACGUAAGCGACAUUCAUAGUUUUGGCCCAUUUUUUGGUUAUUAUGCAUAAAACUGUUGAUCAUCUUCUAUGUUUCUUUCCAUAGAUGAUAGAUUACGACUAGAUCUUGCAUUCUAAUACAACAGGCAUACCACUGUGUUAUUUUCACACCAGAUAUUGUAUAUAAUAUACCAGAAAAUAUCGACAUUUUGAAUGGCGCUUACGUCACUUUGCAGAAUUACGGCAGUCUAGGUGUGCACAUUUUGAUCUCAAUAUCAAAAUAUGGUAUUAUUGAGCUUUUUUCCUCUACCCGGGGAGAGUCAUCCGACCGGUACAAGAAGACGUGAUGCGUAGCGAGCUAGGUGGAUCGACCAAGUGGAGGACGAUCUGCGGACCCAAUCAGUUCAAUAUUGUUCUUUCAAAUACUUACUGUCGAUAAUAUUAAAUACUACCCAUAAGUCAUCCCGAAAUCCUACAUUCCAACAUGAAAGUCCGAAGAUCGAUGCAUUUUUCUACAGUAGGUAUAGCCGUCCUAUGAUUCAUCUUUCGCGAACUACCUAUCAUUCCUCUUCCCAAUCAAAAUCCAAAUGGUAUAAUAACACACACACACAUUUCCAACACUGAAAACAGUGUGGGACCAUGAAGUGUCGUUUAGUAGCUCUGACUGGCGACGACGACGACGACGACGUUCUCGUCGGCGCGCGGCGUCCACGUUGUUUUGUGGGGCGCGAACUGCAAAUGAGUCAAUUUCCAGCGAUUGGAUAAUGGAGUGCGCCAGCCAGCCAUACCCGAGCAGAGGAAAAUAUCAAAAUAAUAACAACGGAAUCACAAAACCUGUUUUUAUAUCUCGGUUUGUUAUUAUUAACUUAUUAAGUCAUCAUCGUUCCAUAACAUGUUCUGUUGGGCAAUCUUAUUUUUUUAUGAUCAUGCUCUUGGUAUAUUUUCUUUAAAUUACAUUUCAAUAACAUGUUUUGUUGUAGCACAAGUUCAGUUAUUAUUGUGUCAUUGAGACUGUACAAAUAUUUGAUCAUUAAUAGGGGGAUUAGGGGCAUAAUGGACACCCUAAGCAAAUGAGUAUGUUAGGCCUGUAUAACAGACAAAAACUUAACAUAUUAUCAGUUGGCUUACAACUAUAACUUGUUUCCUACGUAUUUCAAUCAUUUUCAGCUGGUAGAAUGUCAUUAUUGUGAAGAAAUAAUGAAUUGAAAACCGUGUGUUUUUUGGGGCUGGCAGGAAAGGUACGAGGCGAAAUGGACACCCAUCGGGGCAUAAUGGACACCCCUGCAUAUUUUAUGCUGUAUCUUUGAGAAUAUCGACCAGUUCAGUAAUUUGCCAAAGGAGAUCAAUACCACAGAUAUAAUACUCCAUCUUAGACGAGUUUACAUAACUUCAAAGUUAAUUAAAUAAAUUUGAGGCUAAAAUAAUCGGAUUGAAUAUUUUCAAACUCUCUAAAACGCCUAACAGUAUGCAACGCGUGUACAUUAGGGUGGCCCACACUUAUAUGAAAAGCAAAAAUUUCGAAAAAUGCCAAGUCUUACCUCCUGAAUCAGUUGUUUUGUACUCCCAGAAGCUACGUUCAAAAUUUGAGCAAAAUCGGUUGAGCCUAAGGGGGCGCUCAAAACGCUUGAAGUUUGUAUGGGAAAACUUGGCCAAAUGUAUGCAGAAAUUUUAGGUUUUCGAAUUUCGCCGCUAGAUGGCGCUGUAAGCGUUCAAUAAACAAACCCUUUUGUAUUAUUGUAGGUGACUAUAUGCCAAAGAACUUUGUCGAAGACCGCGAAGUGAUCCGACGGCUGUGAAAAAAGUUAUACCCUAGGCAAAGUGAGGCAAAGUAUUGAGAUUUCAUUAUUGAUAUUAUUCCUUUACAUGUAUUGGAAAAAUAACAAUAAAGUUUAUCCUCACUUUACCUAGGGUAUAACUUUUUUCACAGACGUUGGAUCACUUCGCGGUCUUCGACAAAGUUGUUUGGCAUAUAGUCACCUACAAUAAUACCAAAGGGUUUGAUUAUUGAACGGUUACAGCGCCACCUAGCGGCAAAAUUCGGAAGCUUAAAAUUUCUGCAUACAUUUGGCCUAGUUUUCCCAUACAAACUUCAAGCGUUUUGAGCGCCCCCUUAGGCUUAAUUGAUUUUGCUCAAAUUUUGAACGUAGCUUCUGGGAGUCCAAAACAACUGAUUUAGGAGGUAAGACUUGGUAUUUUUCGAAAUUUUUGUUUUUCAUUUAAGUGUGGGCCACCUAAGUGUACAUCCAUUCAUAAUUGCCAGUGUUCAUUUCGCCCCGAAUAGAUUACAACAUUGAAAUUGCGAUUUUCAGUGUGUUCUGAUCAAAAAUAUAAUACUUCAUCCAUUGCUAAAUCUACGUAUACAUGUAGAUAAGCUAACAAUUCACUUGUUUGUAUGGUGGACACACUCAAUCACUCGUAAUACCUUAUUUGCUGCUGCUUCGAAGUUAUAAGAAAUCCACCAUAUGAAAAACAUACUUCAAUUUCAAUGAUAUUUUGGUUAUUUUGAAGGAAUAUAAAUGGUACUUUUGAAAAAUAGAACAAUGACUUGUUCCUUUACACUUAUGCAUUGAAAGUUUAACAUAAAAGUCAACGGUUUCGGCAAAAACAGGGGUGUCCAUUUCGCCCCGGGUGUCCAUUAUGCCCCUAAUCCCCCUACUACAACAUAACUAGCUUUGCAAUCAAAACUGCACAAUUCGAGAUUUUCGUUGUUCACAGCAUUCCGUGAGGAACUGUAAGAGAAAAUAUUAUUUUGUCAUCAGUUCCUCUUCUUACUGACAUUACGUUUUAACUGUGACAGUGCCAACUUAUCAGCCUUUUGUUUUAUAAGCACUUUGAAAAGUAUACCUGUUUUUUUGUCCCAGUUUCAGUUAGGUAUAAUACGAAAACAGAGAGUAUAAUAGAGUGUUAGCCAUUUUAUGAAACAUUUUGGAUCAACUGGUGGAAUUCAAGGAUGACCAACACAUUUUCGACAAAAAUGUUAAAGAAAAGUUAUCAAGAACUCCAUUAAUUAUUUUUAGAUAUUUUAUUUUUAUUGAUUUCACUGCAUCGAGCCCACUUAGAUUCACUUGAAUAAAUGUGUCAAUCAAUGAGGUAAUAAUGUAAAUUAAUCUUAUAAACAAUGAACCACCAAAUAAAGGAUUUCAAAACGACGGUAGUUUUUCAUCGUAAGUUGUUUGGAAAAUAAACGAAAACUAUUGUUUCUCUCUGUUUUCGAUAAUAAAUCGCUAGCGUCCGAAUUAUGAAUGAAACAUUCAACAAUAGAUCCUAUUGUUGCGUAUCCCAUUGAAUGCAUAUGGGACUUUGGAGGAGUUCCUAUCCGUAACAGAAAAAAAGCAAAUUUUGUUUUCAGAUUGUUAUCAAUAACGUAUUCAUAUCAAAAUUUGCUAUUGAAAUAUUUUAAAAACUCGAUAUUAUUAAGUUGUUAUUGAAACUAACAAAACUUGUUAUUAAACAGGUCAUCCACGAACAUUUUUUUGUUAUAAUUUUUGUUAUUUUGCCGCUUAUGACAGACAAGUUAAUAACAGGAUAUGUUAUGACAUUGUAAAUAACAUGAAAAUAACUUUUUCCGCUACUCAGUUAUUUUUCCAAAAUAACACAUUUUAUUAUGCUGUUGCUAUUCCCUUCUGCUCGGGUAGUGCGCAGCAUAAAGCAACCGACCUUAAUAGUUAUAGCACUUCAAGUGAUCUCUACAGUCUCGCUCGACUCGAUUAUGCACUUUUGUGUAGUGCCGUAUGAAGUGUGCUUUACCAAAGCAUCGUUGUCGUCGUCGUCAUCAUCAUGAUCGUCAUCGUCAAUACUAUUUUUUAAAGCGCGCACGUUUUUCAUCGCAACCUCAAUUCAACGAAAGGAGUGGACUUUUUUUGCCUUUCUUACUAACUAAAGUUGUCGUUGUUUUGUUUUUUUUUCGCUACACUAUUGCAGCUAUUCAGUUGGGUUUGAAUGCAUCCCCCAAGGAGAUGCCAUGGGAGAAGGGAAAUUACAGUACUCGUAUAUACCUCUCUUGGCUAAUAUUAUGCAACCGCGUUGGAUUGAUGGCGCAUAACUGUUCUAUUAGGUCGUGCGCCUCGAAGACGCCAUAGCGCCACCAACGCACGCGCAAGUUGACUACGCAAUUCUACGGUAUUGAGGCCUCCUGGAAAAUUGUUGUCAUUAGUUGAAUUUGUAAAGUUAUAGACUGAUUUUCAUCGGCCAUUUCAAUUAUGAAGCACGUACCCAAUGUUAUGAUUGAGGCAAUGUAUUAUAAACGCCACAAGUCAUCAAUUAAUUUCAAACUUUGUAAAACUGAGCAAUUUGCUACCGUUUUGAAAAAAAAGCAUUCCAAAAACAGUCGUCACAAUGGGAUAAACGGUUCACUGCAUUAUUUAUGAUUAUACUCCAAACAAUGCCGCUGCCGCAAGCGCGCAGUCUGGUCCGCAGUCAACUUAACUUAAAGUGGUUAAUUAAACCAAAACACUAUCAUUAACUUCAGAGUCCGGGCAGCCGGCAGCAACCGGAAUCAUUCAGUCUCUUCAAUUCAAUGCUCCGGAAGGAGUGGCUAUUGUUGAUAUUAUUUCUUUUGGAAGCACACCCACUCAUGUCCACGUGGUUUGCUACCGGAGAUAUUGACUACCGCUGCCAUGGCUCACGGUCGGUAUCGUCAACGGGAUGUUAGGGUAACCUGGGGUAAUACGCACCUCCGGUGCAGAACGCCCUCACGCUAUUUCAUUAUAUAAGUGAAGUUCCGUCCGAUGCAAGCAAACAAGAUGUAAAAUUGAGCCGGACAAGCCCAAGAAUGACAAGAAUAUUCGAAUGAAAAGCGUGGAAAACGACGAUUUUCCGCAUUUCGAAAGAUUGUCUGAUUUGGAGCGCACGUAAUUUAAGCAAUUGCGCGCUGAUUAUAUGGAAUCAACUUACUAACUACCAUCCGCCUCCUACACCUGCCAUUUGCUGCCGUAAAUAGUAAGAUGGAGCCGCCUGGUAUUUCAUUAGGAUUUAAAGCGGGAAAUGCCCCACCUCAAGGUGCGUUUUGCUCCCAACAGUUUUUUAGCACCCAAAACGUAACGCUUUUUUAAAUUUAUAAUUUGAUUCGGUAAAAUUGAUACUACGCGGAUCAAAAGUUGGCAUCUUUUAGUUAAAUAAGUAUACUAACUUUUAAACCGCCAGACACCCAUACAAUCAUCCUAAUCUUAGUUAUAGGGUCACGUUUGCUUAGGGGGGUGCAUAUUACCCCACCUUUCCCUAUAGGAGCCAGAGGAUGGAAGACAUACGAUAAAGAGGCACAGUCACAUUUUGCUUUUUAAUUGGGGGUUUGUUUACAAUGAUUCUUUGCUUUGCUGUAUGAACGCCAUGCUUAAACUGAAGGGGGUACAUUGAUUCAGUUUUUAUUACUGCAUAACUGUUUAGUGCAUAUAAAGAGAUGAACCAGCCCACAGGUAUUCAGUUUUACGAAAAGCAGGCAGAAACUCAAUGUUUCGACUUGUCUUUAAUUGGUCGAUGUGUGUUCAAACUUCCUUUAAGAGGAUUGACUACUUAAGAAGUGUUGGAGCAGUACAAGCAAGCCAUGAUUUUUAGCCUUAAGUUGACACUUGCAAAUAAACUCUAUUCUAAUUUGAACCACCAAACUAUCAAGUUGAGUUUUACUCCCACUACACAAUAGUUUUUGGCGACGAGAUUUUUAACGAAGUCACGCAAAGUAUCGGUAGCAGAAUGAGUCCCGAAUUCGAAGCAAGCCUUCUAAGGAUUCUGGAGAACCAAGGAAGAAUUCUUCAAGAACUUUCCGCUUCAAGAUCCGUAGCAGGUCCAUCAGUUGGCGGAGGCGACGGUAAUCUGCAGUCCAACCAGCAGCAUCCGGAGGACCCACGUCGGCAGAAUCAGACGGAGUUCCUGAUCGAGUCCCUGUCAAGCAGCAUCAGUGAAUUCCACUACGAUCCAGAAGCGGGAGUUACGUUUGAAGCUUGGUUUGCAAAGUACGAAGACCUUUUUGAAGAGGACGCUCGAAAGUUGGAUGGACCGGCCAAGGUUCGACUCUUGCUCCGAAACCUAAGCACCGUAGCUCACAAGAAAUACGUGAACUACAUACUACCGAAGAAACCGAAAGAAGUUUCAUUCGAAGACACCAUCACCACCUUGAAGUCGAUUUUCGGUAGAAACACAUCAUUGUUCAACCUGCGGUACCAGUGCUUACAGCUACAGAAAAAUUCAUCAGAAGAUUUCUUCACGUACGCUGGAAUCGUGAACGAGAAGUGUGAAGAGUUCAAGCUACCGGAAAUCACCAACGACCAGUUCAAGUGUCUACUUUUCGUGUGCGGCCUGAAUUCAAGCAAAGAUGCGGAUGUUCGGACUUCCUUGCUGUCCAAGAUCGAGAGUACCAAUCCGGCAACCCCGAUGACACUACACUCAUUGGCUGAGGAUUGCCAGCGGCUCCUGAAUCUCAAGAAGGAUACUGCAAUGAUCGAGAAGUCAUGUAACAAGUCCAGUGUUUGCGCCAUCAGGAAUCCUACGAAAAUCAAGACGUCUGGUCAACAACAGCAGCAGAAACCGUCAGAUGUCCCGAACACUCCUUGUUGGCGUUGUGGAGAAAUGCAUUAUUCGAAGAAUUGCAAUUACAUCCAACAUCAGUGCAAGUCAUGCAAGAAAGUCGGACAUAAGGAAGGAUACUGUACCUGUUUCCAAUCAAAGCCGAAGAAGAAGAAUCGAGGUUUUAAGAAUCAGUCAGCGAAGGCUCAAGGAAUCUAUUCCGUCAAUCAGGUGAGUGUUACGGCCAACCGGAAGUUCACCACAGUCGAACUCAAUGGACACGCCGUCAGAAUGCAGCUGGAUAGCGCAGCGGACAUCAGUGUGAUUUCACAAGCAGUCUACAAGCAAAUGGGUAGUCCAGCCGGAAAACAACCAUCAAUCAACGUCGUGAAUGCUUCCGGCGAUGACAUGGGUCUCACUCUGGAGUUGUCGUGCUCAAUCACCUUGAAUGAAGUAUCCAAGCAAGGAAGAUGUUUCGUGUCCAAGGCAGAUGAUCUCAAUUUGUUUGGAGCUGAAUGGAUUGAACUGUUCGGACUUUGGGAUGUACCUUUCAACGCAGUGUGUAACCAAGUAUCGAUGAAGCAUCAUCCGGAAGCUGAGGGCCUGGUCGAUCGUUUGAAAGUCAAGUACAGCAACGUUUUUGAUGAGAGCCUGGGACUUUGUACGAAGAAGCAAGUAUCGCUAACUGUCAAGCCAGGAUCGAAGCCAGUUUUCCGUCAGAAGCGUCCAGUUCCAUAUGCAUCUGUCCAGAAAAUUGAAGAUGAACUGAACCGACUUCAAGCUUUGGACAUCAUUUCACCAGUGACAUACUCCGAGUGGGCCGCUCCAAUUGUAGCAGUUCGGAAACCGAAUGGCAAGGUCAGAAUCUGUGCAGAUUAUUCCACCGGAUUGAACGAAGCUUUAGAAGCAAAUCAUCAUCCGUUGCCGCUUCCUCAAGACAUAUUUGCAAAAUUGGCUGGGAAGAAAAUAUUUUCGCAAAUAGAUCUUUCGGACGCCUACUUGCAAGUCGAAGUUUCGGAAUCCUCAAGAAAAUUGCUGACCAUCAACACCCACAAAGGUCUGUACCAAUUCAAUCGACUUUCUCCAGGAGUUAAAACCGCGUCAGGUGAAUUCCAGCAGAUUGUGGACAGCAUGGUAGCAGAUUUGGAGGACGUAAGCGUUUAUCUUGACGACAUCAUUUUGGCAAGCAAUUCUCUGGAAGAACAUCUUCAGCAGCUGGAACGGUUACUGGCUCGCAUCGAAGAAUACGGAUUUCACCUCAAAAUCGAAAAAAGCAACUUCUUCAUGCAGCAGAUUCAGUACCUCGGAUUGAUUGUAGAUGACCAAGGAAUUCGUCCGGAUCCAGAAAAGAUCAAGGCCAUCGUCAAUAUGCCAGCCCCGCACGAUGUACCAAGUCUACGUUCGUUUCUGGGAGCAGUAAAUUAUUACGGCAAGUUUGUACGAGCAAUACACGAUCUUCGUCAACCAAUGGAUGCUUUGUUGAAAAAGGACGUCAAAUGGAACUGGAGCCCAGCUUGUCAGAACGCUUUCGAAGAGUUCAAGAGGAUUCUACAAUCAGACCUCCUACUGACGCAUUACAACCCAAACUUGGAGAUGAUAGUAGCAGCCGACGCAUCGCAACAUGGUAUAGGAGCAGUCCUGCUUCACCGAUUUCCAGAUGGGUCUAUCAAGGCUGUAUGUCACGCUUCCCGUACAUUGACUAACGCUGAAAGGAAUUACGCUCAAGGAGAAAAGGAAGGAUUAGCACUGAUAUUUGCCUGCACCAAGUUCCAUCGAAUGAUAUUUGGAAGACAUUUCAUUCUGCAAACGGACCACAAACCACUUCUUGGGAUAUUCGGAUCGAAGAAAGGCAUACCAGUGCAUACUGCCAACAGACUACAGCGUUGGGCACUGACACUGCUGCAGUAUGAUUUCAAGAUCGAAUUCCAGAAGACUGAAAGUUUUGGAUACGCUGAUUUGCUCUCUCGCUUGAUUGGACAACAUUCCAAGCCCGAUGAAGAUUAUGUGAUUGCCAGUUUGCAAAUGGAAGCAGAUAUUCGCAGUAUUCAAACCGAAGCCGUAUCAGUUCUACCAAUCACCAGUCAAUUGAUUUUGCAAGAAUCAAAAAAGGAUGCCACGUUUCAAGCAGUCCUCAAACAAGUUCGAGAUAAUUGGCCUUCCACGAGACAUUCCAAUGAAGUCGCAUCAUUCUACAAGAGACGUGAAGCGCUGUGUGAAGCGGAUGGAUACCUGAUGUACAUGGAUCGAAUCGUCAUUCCGAAGUCAUUGCAAUCACCUGUUCUCAAGCAGUUACAUGUUGGUCAUCCUGGAAUGCAAAGAAUGAAAUCUCUGGCAAGAAGUUUUGUGUUUUGGCCAAAUAUGGAUGCAGAUAUUGAAGACUAUGUCCGGAGAUGUUCAAACUGUGCAGCAGCAUCAAAAGCUCCCGUGAAAACAACUCUUUCAUCGUGGCCAAUUCCGUCCAUGCCCUGGUCUCGUCUUCAUGUGGAUUAUGCUGGACCAAUCAAAGGAAAAAUGUUCCUCGUCAUCGUGGACGCGUAUUCAAAAUGGCCAGAAAUUUUUGCAACCAGUAACUCGACCGCAACAAUGACGAUUAAGAAGCUGAAGGAAUGUGUCUCCCGAUUUGGAUGUCCAUUGACCAUUGUAACGGAUAACGGUACUCAGUUUUGCUCUGAAGCAUUCAGCAAGUUUUGCCAGCAGCACGGAAUCGAUCAUGUGAAAACUCCACCCUUCCACCCACAAUCUAAUGGUCAAGCCGAGCGAUUUGUGGAUACGCUAAAGAGAGCGCUUUUGAAGAUAGGCGGAGAAGACGUUGAAGAUGCACUGCAGAUUUUCCUUCAGACCUAUCGCUGUACCCCUAAUCCAUCCUUACCGGAUAACCGAUCACCAGCUGAGGUCCUGUUAGGCAGAAAAACCCGAACUGUUUUUGACCUGAUGAAGCCGCCGAUUUCACAACCAACGCAAAUUAAUGAAAGGCAGAAUGAUCAGUUCAACAAGCAGUAUGGAGCGAAACAUCGAUCGUUUGAAGCUGGGGAUACAGUUUAUGCUGAAAUUCAUAUUCGGAACGAGCGCUAUUGGGCCAAAGGUAUCGUUAUUGAGCAGAAAGGAAGUGUGGUCUACAAUGUUCUUCUUCAAGACGAAAAACGACAAGGUUUGAUAAGAUCGCACACUAACCAAUUACGGAAACGCAAACCGGACGGAAAAUGUGAAGCUUCAGCUGAGCAGCCUCUACCCUUACAAGUUCUGUUGGAGGAAUUUAGCUGUCCGGAUCAUGUUCCAACUGAAGAUAUUGAAAAUCCUGGGAACUCUCAACUGGAUAUUUCCGUAACUGAGCCCGGAUGUUCAAGAGGUAAUACGUGUCCUGAACAGAUGAAAUCAAAUUCUAUCGACGGAUCAUCGGAGGUUUGUCGUAGUCAGGAUCGGGUUCAAUCAAGAAAACGAACUCUACCUUUUCGGGAACCUUCAGGCAGGAAGCGGAGACUUCCUUCACAUUUUGAGUACUACGAGAUUUUCUGAAGGAGGAGAUGUUGGAGCAGUACAAGCAAGCCAUGAUUUUUAGCCUUAAGUUGACACUUGCAAAUAAACUCUAUUCUAAUUUGAA